AUGGCCACGCCACCGCUGGAGGACGAGCUGACCUGCUCCAUUUGCCUGGGGCUUUACCUGGAGCCGGUGACGCUGCUCUGCGGCCACAACUUCUGCGGGGCCUGCAUCCGGGACUGGGGGGACCGCUACGACAAGGCGUGCCCCGAGUGCCGGAAGCCCUUCCCCGACGGCGCCGAGCUGCGCCGCAACGUGGCGCUCAGCGCAGUGCUCAAGGCGAUGCGCGCCGGGCCCGCCCCGGCCCCCGGCCCCGACCCUGCCCGGGCCUCUGGCUCCGCCCCGGGCGCGCGCUGCCCCCGGCAUGGGCGGCCACUCGACCUCUUCUGUCGCACCGAGGGUCGCUGCAUAUGCAGCGCGUGCACCGUGAACGAGUGUCGCCUCCACGAGCGGGCGCUGCUGGACGCCGAGCGUCGGGAGCGCGAGGCCCAGCUGAGAGCCAUGCUGGAGGUCAGCCAGCAGCAGGCGACCCAGGCCGAGAGGCAGCUGAAGGAACUGCAGCGGCAAAGAAGCCAGAUCCAGAGCUCGGCCUGCAGCCUGGCCUCCGUGAUCUCUAGCAAGUUCAGCUGCCUGCUGCAGGCCCUAGAGAUGCGACAGGCCUUGGCAUUGAGGGACAUCAAGGUGGCGGAGACUCAGGCGCUAGCACAAGCCCGGGAUGGAGAAGAGCGACUACAGGGCCACCUGGAGGCCCUGGCUAGUUAUGACCGCGGGGUCCGGGACCUCCUGGAGCAGCUGGAUGACCGGGCCUUCCUCCAGGAAUCACAGCUCCUGGUCCCCCCGGGGCCUCUUGGGCCUCUGACUUCUCCGCAGUGGGACGAAGAUCAGCAGCUGGCCGGCCUGAAGGAGUCACUGAGCCAGCUGUGUGGCCUCCUCCUGGAUGAGGGGGGCCACCCCAGGGCACCAGCUGAGGCUGCUGAUUUGGGCCCCGUAGGGGCCCCAGGCCCCCUGGCACCGGUCCCGAGUCCAGUUUGUCCACUGAGGAGGAAACUCUGGCAGAAUUAUCGCAAUCUGACCUUCGAUCCGGACAGCGCCAAUCGCCACCUCUACCUGUCUCGGCAGGACCAGCAGGUAAAGCACCGUCACAAGCCCCGGGACCUCGCCGGGCCAAGCAGCUUCGAGCUCUGGCAGGUGCGGUGUGCCCAGAGCUUCCAGAACGGACGACACUACUGGGAGGUGCACGCAUCUAACCACUCGGUGACCCUGGGCGUCGCCUACCCGGACCUGACGCGGCACAGGCAGGGGCCCCACACAGACAACAUCGGUCGUGGGCCAAGCUCCUGGGGGCUCUGUGUUCAGGAGGACAGGGCUCAGGCUUGGCACAAUGGGGAGGCCCAGCUCCUCCCAGGGGUGUCAGGGCAGCUCCUGGGCAUGGACUUGGACCUGGCCUCUGGCUGCCUCACCUUCUACAGCCUGGAGCCCAAGGCCCAGCCCCUGCAUACCUUCCAUGCCAUCUUCACCCGGCCCCUCUACCCUGUCUUCUGGCUCCUGGAGGGUAGGACCCUGACCCUGUGCCAUCGGCCUGAGGCCAAGCUCCCUCCGGAGCCCCAGGAAGAGGCCUCAGAGCCCAGCUGAGGAGGGCACAGGAUGGAGCUCUAGGCCAGGAACAGCUGCCACCAUGC